AGCUGGCAGCGCGGCGGGCAGCGGUGGCCGUCCGGGCGCUCCGGGUCGCACGCAGGUCCGCGCGGGCUCCGGGCCACGCACGCGGCGACCUUGCCAUCCCCAGCCGGGCCGGGCGCGCAGGCAGCGGAGCGGAGCGGGGGCGGCCGGCCAGCACACCACCAUGUGGAUCCAAGUUCGCACCAUGGACGGCAAGGAGGCCCACUCGGUCGACUCGCUGUCCAGGCUGACCAAGGUGGAAGAGCUGCGGCGGAAAAUCCAGGAGCUGUUCGGCGUGGAGCCCGGCCUGCAGCGGCUCUUCUACAGGGGCAAGCAGAUGGAAGACGGCCACACGCUGUUUGACUACGAUGUCCGCCUGAACGACACCAUCCAGCUCCUGGUCCGGCAGAGCCUGGUGCUGCCCCCCGGCAGCAGGGAGAAGGACUCGGAGCUCUCCGACACGGACUCCGGCUGCUGCCUGGGCCAGAGUGAGUCGGACAAGUCCUCGAACCACGGCGAGGCAGCCCUGGAGAGCGACAGCAAGGCGGGCUCAGCGGACGAGGACACGUGGGACGAGACGGAGCUGGGGCUGUACAAGGUCAACGAGUACGUCGAUGCCCGGGACACGAACAUGGGUGCCUGGUUCGAGGCCCAGGUCGUCAGGGUGACCAGGAAGGUGCCCUCGCGGGACGAGCCCGGCAGCUCCAGCUCCAGCCCGGCCCUGGAGGAGGACGUCAUCUAUCACGUGAAAUACGACGACUACCCCGAGAACGGCGUGGUCCAGAUGGGCUCCAGGGACGUCCGCGCCCGUGCCCGCACCCUCCUCAAGUGGCAGGAGCUGGAGGCGGGCCAGGUAGUCAUGCUCAACUACAACCCCGACAACCCCAAGGAGCGCGGCUUCUGGUACGACGCCGAGAUCCUGCGCAAGCGGGAGACGCGGACCUCGCGGGAGCUCUACGUCAACGUCAUGCUGGGGGAUGACUCCAUCAACGACUGUCGGAUCAUCUUCGUGGACGAGGUGUUUAAGAUCGAGCGUCCAGGGGAAGGGAGCCCCGUGGUGGAGAACCCAAUGAGAAGGAAGAGUGGGCCGUCCUGCAAGCACUGCAGGGACGACGAGAGCAAGGCCUGCCGGCUUUGCGCCUGCCACCUGUGCGGGGGCAAGCAGGACCCGGACAAGCAGCUCAUGUGCGACGAGUGCGACAUGGCCUUCCACAUUUACUGCCUGUGCCCGCCGCUCAGCAGCAUCCCCGACGAGGACGAGUGGUACUGCCCCGAGUGUCGGAAUGACGCCAGCGAGGUGGUGCUAGCCGGAGAGAAGCUGAAGGAAAGCAAGAAGAAAGCCAAGAUGGCCUCAGCCACGUCGUCCUCGCAGCGCGACUGGGGCAAGGGCAUGGCGUGCGUGGGCCGGACCAAGGAGUGCACCAUCGUGCCAUCCAACCACUACGGGCCCAUCCCGGGCGUCCCCGUGGGCACCAUGUGGCGCUUCCGAGUGCAGGUCAGCGAAUCUGGCGUGCACCGGCCUCACGUGGCGGGCAUCCACGGCCGGAGCAACGACGGGGCCUACUCGCUGGUGCUGGCCGGGGGCUACGAGGACGAUGUGGACCACGGAAAUUUUUUCACGUAUACGGGCAGUGGGGGGCGAGAUCUUUCCGGCAACAAACGGACCGCAGAACAGUCUUGUGAUCAGAAACUCACCAACACCAACAGGGCGCUGGCUCUGAACUGCAGCGCCCCCAUCAACGACCGCGACGGGGCCGAGGCCAAGGACUGGCGGGCAGGAAAGCCGGUCCGCGUCGUCCGGAAUGUCAAGGGUGGCAAGCACAGCAAGUAUGCUCCGGCCGAGGGCAACCGCUACGAUGGCAUCUACAAGGUGGUGAGGUACUGGCCCGAGAAGGGCAAGUCCGGCUUCCUCGUGUGGCGCUACCUCCUGCGCAGGGACGACGAGGAGCCGGGGCCCUGGACCAAGGCUGGGAAGGACCGCAUCAAGAGGCUCGGGCUGACCAUGCAGUAUCCGGAAGGCUACUUGGAAGCUCUGGCCAACAAGGAGAAGGAGAAGGAAAACAGCAAGAAGGAGGAGGAGGAGGAGGAGGAGGAGGAGGACGGGGGCCGUGUCCCGUCCCCCAGGAGGGGCAGGAGGAAGCGGAAGUCAGCAGGGGGCGGCGAGGCCAGCACUGGGUCCCUGCCCGGGACCCCCAAGAAAACGAAGGUGGAGCCCUACAGCCUGACGGCGCAGCAGAGCAGCCUCAUCCGGGAGGACGAGAGCAACACCAAGCUGUGGGGCGAGAUCCUGCAGUCGCUCAAGGACGGGCCGCGGUUCCUGAGCGCCGUGGAAGAGAUGUUUCAGUGCAUCUGCUGCCAGGAGUUGGUUUUCCGGCCUGUCACGACCGUGUGUCAGCACAAUGUGUGCAAGGAUUGCCUGGACAGAUCCUUCCGGGCCCAGGUGUUCAGCUGCCCGGCCUGCCGCUACGACCUGGGCAGGAGCUCCGCCAUGCAGGUGAACCAGCCGCUGCAGGCCAUCCUCAACCAGCUCUUCCCUGGCUACGGCAAUGGCCGGUGAUCCCCAAGCACUUCCCGCCGCGCGUCCUGCUAAAACUACGAUGCGUCUGACAGGGGCUUCGGCCCUUAUUUUUUUGUCUUUAGUGGGCUUAACUUAAACCCGUAGUUGCCGCCACUUCCUAAA